AUGAACAUCAACGAUGCAGGCGCCAUCCGAGCGCGUAUGGUCGAGCUGGAGGCUGAGCUCCAGGCCACCAAAACUCUCCUGCGUCAAAUAGAACAAAGCCCAACGAAGCCUGAAGAUGGUUCAGGUAAAGGCAACAGUUCUUUCAGUAUUCCUGUGACACUGCCAUUGGGGUCAUCAAUCCAUAAUUUAAUGCUCCUAUCUGACUCGGCACUCCCACUUGGCUCGUUCGCCUACUCGAGUGGCUUGGAAUCCUUCCUUGCCCACCACAAGCCUCUUGCUGCUAGACAGACCACCCUGUCACUUUUCCAGAAGUUUUUGAGCCUUUCAAUCCAGUCAGUGGCAUAUACUAAUGUCCCAUACGCUCUCGCCGCCUUCCGAGAUCCGUUGGCUUUGAUGGACCUGGACAAUGAUCUCGAUUCCUCGACCCCAUGCACUGUAGCGAGAAGAGCAAGUAUUGCUCAAGGCCGAGCUCUGCUCAGCGUCUGGGAAAAAGCAUUCGUCUCAUCAUCCAAGGCUCAAUCAGACGACGGAGGACUUGAGACCAUUACGGCGCUCGAGGUGUUUUCCAAAGACCUCAAGCUCGCCGCCAUCUCCACAGACCUAUUACCCGUCAAUGGGCACUUUGCGCCGCUGUGGGGCGCAGUAUGCAUGGCGCUUGGUCUCAACCUAGAAGAAGCAGGCUACCUUUUUCUGCUCAAUCACGCCAAGGCAGUCGUGAGUGCUGCUGUCAGGGCAUCUGUUAUGGGUCCUUAUAUGGCACAGACCAUCCUUGCGAGCAAUGACUUACAGGAUUUGAUCCGUACCAGCUUGGAACGGGUGUGGCUUCUGAAACCCGAAGACGCUGGACAGGUCGUGCCGUCCAUGGAUCUGUGGAUUGGCAGACACGAGCUGCUUUAUAGUCGGAUCUUCAAUUCUUGA